UGUGGCGCCCCGCGCCUGAGUGCUUGACAAGAUUGGACUGUGAAUGAGGUCAUCACCGGGCGCCGAGGAGGGGAACGGGAAGCGCAGAGUCUUCUGGGCCAUUAUGGCAGUCAAGUGGACUGGAGGACAUUCUUCUCCUAUUCUCUGCCUGAAUGCAAGUAAAGAUGGGCUAGUGGCUUCUGGAGCAGAGGGUGGAGAUCUCAUAACUUGGGGUGAAGAUGGAACUCCAGUAGGACACAUGCAGUUUCAAGGAGCCAAUGAUGUUACCAGUGUUGUGUUUUCUCCCUCCUGUCCCACCAAGCUCUUUGCCUCACAUGGAGAAACCAUUAGCAUACUGGAUGUCAGGUCUCUCAACGGUUCUUUGGAUAAUUUUCAUGUGAAUGAAGAAGAAAUCAAUUGUCUUUCAUUGAAUGAAACUGAAAACCUACUAGCUUCUGCUGAUGACUCUGGGGCAAUCAAAAUCCUUGACUUGGAAAAGAAUAAAGUUACCAGAUCCCUGAAGAGACACUCCAAUAUCUGUUCCUCUGUAGCUUUUCGACCUCAGAGGCCUCAGAGCCUCUUGUCAUGUGGCCUGGAUAUGCAGGUGAUGCUGUGGAAUCUUCAGAAGGCUCGCCCACUCUGGAUUACAAACUUACAGGAGGAUGAAACAGAAGAAAUGGAAAACCCACAGUCACCUGGCCAGCUCUUAAAUCCUGCCCUAGCACACUCUAUCUCUGUAGCAUCAUGCGGCAAUAUUUUUAGUUGUGGUGCAGAAGAUGGUAAAGUGCGAAUCUUUAGGGUGAUGGGAGUCAAAUGUGAACGAGAGCUGGGAUUUAAGGGCCAUACUUUGGGGGUAUCCCAAGUUUGCUUUCUGCCAGAAUCCUACUUGCUGCUCACUGGAGGGAAUGAUGGGAAGAUAAUGAUGUGGGAUGUGAGCAGUGAAAUUGAGAAAAAAACUAAGAGUCCUGCAAAACAUACUCACAGGAAGAAAACUAAAAGAGCAACUUACACCAAACAGGAAGAAAACAGUGCUUCCAUAACAGAUGUGGAGGAACAUGGCAAAAUUUCACCAAAGCUAAAUAUUGAACAUGGGGAAAAAGUGAACUGGCUCUUGGCUACCCAAAUAAAGGGACACCAAAGUAUAUUAGUUGCUGAUCAAACUAAUUAUAUAUCUGUGUACCCUUUAAAUGAAUUUAAAAUGUCAUAAAAACAUUUGAAAAACUGGCAAACUUACUUAGGUUAAAAAAAUCCUGCUUCUUUUAAACUGUUUACCAUAUAUGGAAUUAUACCAUUGUGCACAUUUUAAAACAUUUGAAGAAAAAGAAAAUAAUUGCAUAUUUCAUAUAAUGUAUUAAA